UUUUAACGAUGUGGAACUUUUCAAUGGAGCCUCGGCCUCCAAAAUAGUGGUAUCGUCUUAAGCUGGGGAAAAAUGGCCGAGUACAAGGGAGCAGCCAGCGAGGCUGGAAGAGUUCGUCAACUUUUGAUGAAAAGGGAGAAACAGAGAGAAGAGCUAGAACGUUUAAAACAACGCAUAGAGCAGGACAGUGUCAGUCGAGUGUCUACCAUCAGUGCAAAGUUUUCAGCUCAUUAUGAUGCAGUGGAACAGCAACUCAAGAGCAGCACCAUUGGUCUGGUCACCUUCGAUCAGAUGAGAGCAAAGAGAGAGGACUUGGUGAAAGAAAGAGAAAAGGAACUUGCACAAUCAUCUAAAGCUCUAGCAAAAGAACGAAAGAGGAAGAAGAAACUGAAGAAUGCAGGAACGCUGUCAUUCAAUAUGGAUGAAGAUGAUGAAGAAGGAGAAGAUGGAGAUCGUGAUGAUAAAGAAGAGGAAGAAGAAGAUAAAGCAGAUGAUGAGCUAGUGGUGAAGAAGAAAAAGAGAAUAGGAAAGAAUCCUGAUGUGGAUACCAGCUUCUUGCCUGAUAGAGACCGAGAGGAAGAAGAAAAGAUGAUGAGGGAAGAGUUGAGACAGGAGUGGAGAUCCAGGCAAGAGAAAAUCAAAAAUGAUGAGAUUGAUAUCACAUACAGUUACUGGGAUGGUUCAGGUCACAGAAGGAAUGUUAAGAUGAAGAAAGGAGACACUACCCAGAGGUUUCUUCAGAGAUGUCUUGAAAAUCUCAAGAAAGAUUUCCAUGAAUUAAAGGCUGUCAGUGUAGAACAGAUGAUGUACAUCAAGGAAGAUCUUAUUAUACCUCAUCAUUACAGCUUUUAUGAUUUCAUUGUGACGAAAGCAAGAGGAAAAAGUGGUCCCCUCUUCAGCUUCGAUGUUCACGAUGAUAUCAGGAUGACCAGUGAUGCUACAGUUGAGAAAGAUGAGUCCCAUGCAGGUAAAGUGGUGUUGAGAAGCUGGUAUGAACGUAACAAGCACAUCUUCCCCGCUAGUAGAUGGGAACCGUAUGACCCGGAGAAGAAAUGGGAUAAGUACACGAUUAAAUGAUAUGUGACUGGCACGACUAUGUAAGACUCCAAAGACUGGAACUGUGGACAAAAAGCUGAAGCAACUCUCGGACUGAACAAUUAUGUGUGUCUAUUCUCAAAAAUUAAUACUCUAGAAAAUGUACACCUGUAGUCCUUUGAGGCAUUCCUCUUUGUAGAAUUUCAUGCCUCGUUCAUUGAUAUGGCAAAAACAUAUUUCUAGAGUAGAAAAGUAACUAUUCAGAUAUGAAUGUUGUGAUAAAUGAAGAACACAAUUUCCAAAAUACCCUUCUGCAUGUACUGGAGACCAUUCAACUAGAGUUCUUAUUGAAUACUAGUAUCCACCCCUACCCCCUCUUUUUAAAAGUCCCCUCCAAGCAAAUGACAGGAUAUCUUCCCAAGGCAAAAAAAAAAAAGUUGUAUCAUGGUAUCAGUUGUGGACUUCAGAUAGCAGAUGAAUGGUUUCACAGUGCUGAAUGCCUGCAAGUAACAUCAGCUUUUAGCCAUGUCUUGUGCAGUGUAUCGUACCCUGAGACAGGUUUUAUCAGAAUUUUUUCAGGUUUUUUUGUCCAUUGUAUUAUGAAAUCAUUUACAUAAUAUGCGUA